AACCAGAGGAAGCAGAGAUGUCUGUAGCUCCUUCCAUCCCUUCCAUAAAGAUCAAGAUCCCUCCUCCUUCUCAUCCAUGUAGGUUCUCUUUAAAACCAUCCACCAUUAUUAGGAGUUCUAAAGCUGAGGGCCCUCUGAGGAGACCUGCAGCUCCUUCUCUAUCCACUCCUCCUCCUCCCUCUCCCCCUCUUUCUCCUCCUCCAUCCCUCUCUCCCACUCCUCCUCCAUCCGACUCUCCUCCCAAGCCAGCGGAAUCGGCCGUGCCGACGAAGGAUGUGGUGACUUUAGAGUACCAGAGGCGGGUGGCCAAGGAGCUGCAGGAGUAUUUUAAGCAGAAGAAGCUCGAGGAGGCAGAUCAGGGCCCCUUCUUUGGCUUCAUGGGCAAAAACGAGAUCAUAAAUGGCAGGUGGGCGAUGUUUGGGUUUGCAGUUGGGUUGCUAACAGAGUAUGCGACAGGCUCAGAUUUUGUUCAACAGCUAAAGAUCCUUCUCUCCAAUUUUGGGAUUGUGGACCUGGAAUGAUACUUAUCAGCAUCUGAUUAUGCAUAAGUUGAAUCAGUCCCAUUCAAUGUUGCUUCCUUGAAUUGCCUAGGGUAUCAUAUAUUGAAUUUUUACUGUUCAGUUGAAUUAUAAGAACGUGAAGUUUCAUUACUCUUUCUUUGUUCAUGGAAAGGAUGCUUGUUUGUAUCUAACUAGCUUCAUAACAAUAUCUAAAUUUACAAAAGUGAAGUUUUUUAUGCUU